GACGUCAUUCGGCUCAUCUUCCCGGUGACCUCAUCGUUGCAGCUCUCACCCGCUCCGCCCGGAGCCCGGACACUGACCCGACGUCGAGGCCCGGACAUCAGGCCUGGAGCGCCGAAUCUCCCUCUCCUCCUGACGUCCCCCCAAUAACGUCUGCCAGGGGCUGAGAGGGGGGUGACGGAGUGAUGUCAUAAUUACGCAUCGUACAAACAUCUCUGCUCCGAAGUUAUCAAACUCCCUGACCAGCAACAGAGAGCGGAGCUUCCGGACACAAGAGGAGCUGCCGGUUGCCUCUCUCCGCUCCCGCGCAGAAUGCCCUGACAAAGUGCGCCGCGCCAUGUCCCGGACACGUUCCUGAGAUCGCCACCCCCGUCACACCCCCCCCACCUCCCUGUGCUGUCAUGGCUGCCGAGGGGCCCCGAUGUCGGCUGCUGACUGUGGACAAGCUGGUGCUCUGGAUGGAAGGGGGGACGGAGAAGGUGCUGCUGAUAGACAGUCGCCCCUUUGUGGAGUAUAACACGGCUCGCAUUCUGGACGCCAUAAACAUUAACUGCUCCAAACUGAUGAAGAGGCGGCUGCAGCAGGACAAGGUGCAGGUGGCGGAACUCAUCCAGCACUCCGCCAAACAGAAGGUGGAGCUGGAGUACCCGCUGCAGCAGGUGGUUGUGUACGAUCAGACCACGGCGGAGCUGUCCUCUCUGCCGUCUGACUGUUUCCUGUCUGUGCUGCUCGGGAAGCUGGAGAAGCUGUUCAGCAACGUGCACCUGUUGUCAGGUGGCUUCUUGGAGUUCUCUUCGUGCUUCCCAGGGUUGUGUGAAGGGAAAGCGUCGAUCGUUCCCACCUGCAUCUCGCAGCCGUGCCUCCCCGUGUCCAGCGCGGGCCCCACCCGCAUCCUUCCUCAUCUCUACCUGGGCUGCCAGCGGGACGUACUCAACAAGGAGCUGAUGCAGCAGAACGAGAUUGGAUUUGUACUAAACGCCAGCAACACCUGCCCCAAACCCGACUUCAUCUGCGACUCCCACUUCCUGCGGGUUCCGGUCAACGACAGUUUCUGUGAGAAGAUCCUGCCGUGGUUGGACAAGUCUGUAGACUUCAUAGAAAAGGCCAAGGCCUCGAAUGGGCGCGUCCUGGUCCACUGCCUGGCGGGCAUCUCGCGCUCUGCCACCAUCGCCAUCGCCUAUAUCAUGAAGAGGAUGGAUAUGAACUUAGACGAGGCUUACAGAUUUGUCAAGGAGAAAAGACCGACCAUCUCUCCAAACUUUAACUUCCUGGGCCAGCUUCUGGACUUUGAGAAGAAGAUCAAAACUCAGACGGGUCAGACGGCGCCUGGCUGCAAACUGAAGCUACAACUGGACCUGGGCAGCUGCGAGCAUGGGGCUGUCCCAACCUCAGCGGAGGUCCCUCCACCGCCAAGUCCGCUGCACGUUCACCCUACCUCAUCAGAGCCGCAGAGAACACAGGCCUCGUGCGCCGAGGAGGUUCCGCUUCUGCAAGGCCUCAAUGGACUGCAUGUGUCUCACAGGGAGGCGGUGGAGGACAGUAAGAAGAUUAAGCGUUCCUUCUCUCUGAACAUCAAAUCGGUGUCUUAUUGCAGCCUGUCGAGCACGGCACCUCUCGCCUCCACUUCAGAGGACAGUACGGAGUUCUACAAAACCACAGCAUCCCUGGAGGGCGGUAGCAAGAUGUGUCAGUUCUCACCGGUGGAGGAGGUUUCGGAGCAGACCCCAGAGUCCAGUCCUGACCGGGAAGAGGCCACCAGGGAGAAACCCGCUGGAUGUUGGCAAGCGGAAAACAAACUUCGACAGCAGCAACAGACGACGGCGCGGAGCAGCAUCCUGUCCCAGAGGUCCCUGGCGGCUCCCCUUUUCCGAAGUGGCAGCAUGGAGGACAACCGCAAAAGCAACUUUCUGUUUGGACUGUCCAGCAGCCAACAGCACUUGUCCAAGCCAGCUCUGGGCCUAAAAGACUGGCAUUCAGACAUUUUGGCAACUCAGGCAUCCUCAUUGGCCGGCAGCUGGUAUUUCACCUCCGAUGCCCCGGCCCACUUCUACUCCGCCUCAGCGUUGUACGGAGGGGGGACCUUCACCGCUUAUAGCAGCGGUCAGCUGCCCACGGAUCCCUCUUGCGCAGUGCGCAGGAGGCAGAAGCCAAGCACCCGCGGGGACUCUAGGCGCAGUUGGCACGAGGAAAGUCCCUUCGAGAAGCAAUUCAAACGCCGCAGCUGCCAAAUGGAGUUUGGAGAUGGACUAGUGGACAGCCGGUCCCGGGAAGAACUGGGCAAAGUGGGUAACCAGACUAACUUCUCCGGCAGUAUGGAAAUUAUUGAGGUCUCCUGAGAUGGCGUUAUGGGCGGAGCCAGCAAGCUGAGCUUCUUGGUUUAUAUAAUUAUAUUUUUUUGCUCUGCAUUUUGUUCCCUGUAAAUCUGAAUCAAGAUUUUUGCAGAAUAUUGUGUUGGGUUUAAGCUCGCUGGGCAGGAAGCUACACUUAGUGGAAUGGAGCACCCGGUCCGUGGUUAUGUUUUGUGCAUCAAUGCGCAGCUUCCUCUGCAGGGAGAGCCCAGUGUCGCCCCCUGGUGUAGACACAAAGCAUUGAAAUUCUGCUGUACAGCUGGAGGAUAUCUGUAUGUCCAAGAGUCUUUUAAUGAGCGCUUGGGGAAAGGAUUGGCGCUUAGUUAUUGCCGGAGCAGCUGACAGCACAUGAAAUUACUUAGGGGAACAGCACUGCGCCUUCUUGCAAACGUUAUUAGUAAUUUCCGGGGAUAAACACAAUCAGAUAGUUAUGAUCGGCUUAUAUUAUAGCGGUAAUUUUUCCAUUUACUAAUCACAGUGAUCUUUGUCCAAAUGGACAACCAAAUAAUUUAUUGGUGGUAGAAUUUGCAAUCUAUAAUAAUUUUUAUAUUGGGGGUGAUUCCAUGCAUUCAAAUAUUGGAUUUUGAUUGUUAAAAAUCUAAAUAUGCAACUUAAUAUAUUUUUGGGAAAAAAAUGAGCUAGAGAUGGAAUUUUACACUUGAUAUCAGGACACCCUAUUAAUGAUCUAGUGAACUUCAGUCCCAUCAUCCACGAACAACUAAAAACUGGGUCCCAAAACGUAAAUGUAAUAGAGCCAUAUAUGAUUGUGGUGCAGAGAUUUGGGUUUUGUUGAUUAUUUAGUUAAUAAAGCUUAGGCAGUAAUUAUAUACAAGGAGAACCCCCUUCCCAAUCAUAGAUGGUGGUCUUCUCUCAGUAGCAAAAGACUGUUACCGAUUCACAGGAUGGAGAAGAGAGGGGUCCAGGGGGGAUAAAAAAAAAUCAGUGCAUGGACUUUAGACCUAUUUUUGUGCUAUUUGGCCCGUCCACGUCUUGGGGUUUCAGUGUGAAGGUUUUUAUUUCUUGAUUAAUCUAGAAAUGCUCUAGUUUCUUUUAUAAGCUAGUCUUGACUUCCCGUGCCUUACUUGCAGCACUCUCUGGAACUGCUCUUUUACAUCCAGAAAUGGAUUUUAGAAAGUGUCGCAAUCCCUGGUUAUUCCUUCCGGUCAGAUGACGCUGGUGUCACAUUUCAGUUGUGUAUAAGGCGGUGUGUACUAAAAGACUAUUCACACAUUGCAGAGGCAGCCAUAUUGUGGGCUGAACCACUGCACAUGGGAACUAGUGAUAUCACCGGUUCCAAGUGUAGAAUGGCGCAGCGGCUUUCCGUGCGGUGUAGUCCAGUGAUUGCGCUUGAAAUAAUGGGUGUAUGGGUGUGUUAUGUUUGGUACCACAAUAUAUCUUUCUGUUGGUGCCGAUGAAUGUAAGAUUGCCUGUUUCAUCUCUGCGAGUUCCGGGUGGAAGAGGCUGUCCUAGCGUACUAUGGGGAUGAGAUCUUCUGUGGAUACAGGGAGACGUCAUUGCAUCGUUGGCACUCCCAGAGCCGAUGGGCGCAGAGAGGCUUGUGUAUGCGGAUAGGUGGAAGCUGACGCAUCGUACGCUACCGCCAGAGUAUGUUGGCACUGUCCGGAGGGGCAAAAGAAUAACAGACUUGCGUCCGACUUUAAAUGAGCCCAUGUAUGUAAUAAUUUAUAUUAUACUUGCACGCUUACAUUAAUGACAUCACGUCAAAAUUAUAAGGGCAGGGGCAGAAGUCUUUGUGGGGGGUGGCCUCUGUUACCCCAUCCCAGCUCCUGAAUUAUCACCUGAGAUCCAAUAAUGGUUUCAGGUUGAGCUGAUUGACGAAUGCUUUUUGUCUUGAGGGUGAAUGUUUAUCAUAGCACAGGUCCUGGGGGCUCCAGCCUCUACAAUAAGCCCACAUGCCACAGCGUAGAAGAACUCUGGGAUGCGGUAGUGAAUCUAAGAUUUGGGAUGUCCACUUAACUCAAAAAGUGCCUUAGAAGGGAUCUUCAUACUAUAGGUGAUUAGGCCUAAUUAGCCCUAUCUUCUCCUGACCGGAUAGAGAUGUGGCCACAGGUCCAGGCCCCAGCAUUUUUAGCUAUGUCUUCAUUCGACCUGUGGCGGACAACCCAACAGAAGGGAAACAGAAUGCAGGUGUUGGUGGGGUUUUUGGUUAUGGAACCAAUAGUUGGGAUGGGUAGGGGAGGGGGUAACAACAACUUAUCACAUUCAUUACUGGCUCAUGACAUCAUACGGAUUCUCUGAGUAGAGCACAUGUAACCUUUCCAUUACCCAAGAGCCAGUGACAUCACUGAGAGUGCAGCCUAUCCAGUCACUAGUAAUCAGUGACAUCACUGAGAGUGCAGCCUAUCCAGUCACUAGCAGCCAGUGACAUCACUGAGAGUGCAGCCUAUCCAGUCACAAGAAGCCAGUGACAUCACUGAGAGUGCAGCCUAUCCGGUCACUAGGAGCCAGUGACAUCACUGAGAGUGCAGCCUAUCCAGUCACUAGGAGCCAGUGACAUCACUGAGAGCGCAGCCUAUCCGGUCACUAGGAGCCAGUGACAUCACUGAGUCACUGCAUGACAUUGUCCUGAUUCCUUAUGCUGCAUUGCCAUGAGUAAUACUUCAAGGGCCUUUCAAAAAUAACCCAACGCCAGAAGUUCCCCUUGUAAAUCACAGCUGACCGUACCCAAGCGCGUAAACUUUAUAUGUUAAGAUACUGAAGGAUCCGAUUGGGUGGAGCUACCAAACAGAGGCUUUAGACUACAUCAUUUUGUAGGUGUAUGAAUAAGUACCACUAGUAAGUACCUAUGGGGGAGAGCCCCUCAGUCUGAUAAUGCAGAAGUCUCCAUAGGCGGAGUAAUGCCAGGACCGCACGCCAUUCCUUGCAGCUGCCCAAGAUAUACAUACAGAACCACUGUCACCAACAUCGCUUAUACUGCAAACAGCAAUGCUCGAUAACCGGUACAUGUAGCAGAUCCAGUCUGAUUGUGGGGCCGUGCGGAAGACACCGUGUGUGAUGCGUGUAUGGAGGUUUAUCUGCACAUUCUCACAGGGGAAUCCGUGUUCCCUUCAGGGACUUAAAUGUGAGAUGUCUUGUCCACGUUCAAUCUGUUUUCUUGUUCAGCCCAUAAUACUGCAAAAGUGAGAAAUGAAUGAGGUGUUAAGUCGCCGGUCUCCAGAGAAACGCGUCUAUCUUUCUGUGUCGUUUGUCUGAUUAUAUCUUGAGUUGGGAUUUUGAGCCUUAAUUUGGAAAAUAUCUUGAACCAAACAUUAAAAAGUAUAAUUUUA